AUGGGCCCCAUGAAGAAAACAAGCGAAGUUGAUGCCAUCUCGUUGGAAAAGAAGACUAUGGCAGAAAAACUCAAAAACAUCAUGGAAAUAAAGACCGCAAGAGAGAAAAGGGACAAAGAGCUUGAUGAUCUUAAUGCCCUAAGAGAAAUACUUGAUGCUGAAGAGGCCGAAGCCAAGAAUUCACAAAUGAUUCUUGAGAACAAGAAAGCCCUAUUUCCGGCUUGGUCUUUCGACCAAAUGCAAAAUGAAGUGAUCGGCGAACCAAAUCUCUUUUGGUUGGAACCAAAAACCUCAUUCGACAUAACUAAUGAUGUGGAGUGCCAGCUUGAUUUCCCCAUCACUCCAAGGGCGUUUCUCUUCUGA